AUGCUCGACCUUACCAAGCUUGUCGACCCCUUCAUCGGCACGCGAGGCAACAGCAACCCAGGCAACGUUUGCCCCGCUGCUGCUCAGCCCUUCAGCCCCGCCCGCAUCGGUAUCGACCUAGACGACGUGUACGCUCCACCCGGCUACGUGACAAAUGUCAGCGCCCCAGUCCGCGGCGUGUCCCUGCUGCACGACACGGGCACAGGCUCCUCGCUUGGCUCCUACGGCAACUUUGAAUCCAUGCCCGUUGUCUGUCCAGACAAUGACUUUGCACGCUGCCCUACGCGGUUGGACGAUCGUAAGCGCCCGCGUAUGGCGCACAAGGACUUUGCCAGCCCGGGGUACUUUACGCUCACGCUCAACAAUGGUAUCAAGAUGGAGACAACGGCAACGCGACGCGCGGGACUGGUGAGGUAUACGUUCCCCAAGAGUGUGCUUGACGGCGGCUCCCUUCCUCACAUUGUGCAAGACUGGACCAACGAUUCACCAGGUACUUUCCGCGGCGGUGAGAUCGACUUCGACAUCAGGCGCGGCCGUAUCCAGAUGGGCGGCGGGUGGGGCUCCUCCUUUGGCCCGACCCUGUACACGUACAAUGCCUACGCGUGCGUCGAUGUGCUCAACAACGGCAAGCAGAAGCUGAGCAAAGCAGGCUUGUGGGAAGGGGACCGUCAUGGACAGGACACCAAGCUGGAGGGCGAGACGCACGCCAAUCUCAGUCGCAUCCUCAUCGGUGGCCAGCCAGUCCAAUCAGGCGCCCUCUUCUCGUACUCGAGCUACCCACGUAACAAGGAUGGCAGCGCCGAGAUCACGCUCCGCGUGGGCGUCUCCUUCAACUCUGCUGCCCAGGCAUGCACCAAUGCCGAGCAGGAAGUGGGCGACAAGUGGGACUUUGACCGCGUGCAUAAUGACGCCAAGGCGCUCUGGAACACGAAGCUGAAUCGUAUCCUCCUCAGCCCGGAGACGGACGACAAGAUUGUGCGCCUCUUCUACUCGUCACUGUACUACUCGUUCCUGAGCCCAGCAAACAUCACGGGCGAAGCAGGCAACAUCUUUCCCGGCGGCGAGAAGUACGGCGGGCCCACGUACGACGGGCUGUACUGUACUUGGGACUCUUAUCGCACCUUUUUUCCCUUCCUCUCCCUCACAAGUCCACGCGAAUACGCCGACAUCACGGAGAACUACAUCGAUGGGUGGCGCAAGACCGGUUGGAUCCCCGAGUGUCGUGCCAACAAUCUGCCCGGCCUCACGCAAGGCGGGUCGCACGGAGUCAUGGUGAUCGCGGACUUCGCGGCCAAGUACUUCCAGCAGGCGUACACGUCUCAGCUUCCCGUAAACCUCAACGAUGGGUACACGGCGGUGAUGAAGGACGCGUACGAGACGCCAGCUGCGUGGGAUGACAAGGGGCGACAGAUCACCGCCUACGGCAAGUAUGGGUACAUCCCGUUCGCCUUCUUCGAUACCGUAUCCUCGGGCAGACAGACGCGCGAGGCCUCACGCACAGUCGAGUAUGCGCACAACGACUUCGGCGCAAGCGUCAUGGCCAACAUUGCGAAUCAUCCAAAAGAGGCUCGUGCACUGUACAAUCGCUCCCUCUCCUACGCCAACACCUUUGACCCUUCCGCUUCCUCGUUCGGUUACACCAACUUCGUUCAGAAGCGCUUUACCAACGGCUCCUUCUUCAAGCAGGACCCGACGCUCUGCUCUCCCAUCUCGAACUUCCCCUCGUGCUCCCUCCAACAGGAGAACACCGUAGGCACGUACGAGACGAGCAGUUGGGAGUACUCCUUCUACGCGCCUCACGAUGUGGCUGGACUGAUCAAGUUAAUCGCCAAGGGGGAUCGCGGCAAUUUCAUGAAUAGGCUCGACACGUACUUUGCCAAGGGGCUCUUCUACGCGGGUAACGAGCCGAGCUUCAACACCCCCACGCUGUACCACUACGCGGGCUCGCCCGUGCGAUCAGUCAAGAGGGUGCGCAAGGUCGUCUUCGAGAACUUCAAUACCACGACGGCGGGACUGCCGGGAAAUAGCGAUGUGGGGGCCAUGCAGACGCUCUUGAACUUCCAUCUGAUGGGCCUAUUCCCCGUGGUCGCGACGACCGAGAUGCUCGUCGUGUCGCCCUUCAUGCCCGGCUACACGAUCAGGAACGAGAUGUUGGGCGAUGUGGUGAUGGAGGCCAAGAACUUUGACCCCCGCUCCGUCGCCAAGGACAUCCCAAGCGGCGCACGCGCCUACGUCGCCUCCGUCACGCUCAACGGUGUCAAGCAGUCCUCACGCUGCAAGAUUCUCUUCAACAAGCUCUUCCCCGGACAGGGCAAGACUGCUCAUCUCGUGCUGGAGAUGACUGCGGAUGAGAAGGCGGCUGACUCGUGCGGAGAGGGGGAGAAGGAUCUGCCCAGCUCGUUGAGCACCGGUGGGUUCAGGCAAUUCGAGCCGCUCCCGCCUGUCUAA